AUGGCGGCUGACAGCCCUAAAACUCCCAGAGUCUCCUAUGCAGCUGCUCUCUCUGACGCCUCUCCCCUUCCUUUUGCCAUUGACAAUCUACUUGCUCCCUAUGUGGAGGAGGGUUUGAUAUCCAUCAAAAUUUCUGAGGAACCUUUCCUCCGAGGGCUCGAAAGUUGCAAAAACAACUUGGUGGGUCGUGUAACGUCCCCUAUCAAGACGUUGGAUCUGGUGCAACAACUGAAAAAAGGUUGGUCGGCGCUGAACGAAUGGAUUGCUGCGCCGCUUGGAAAAGGGUUCUUUAUGCUUCAGUUUAAAACCCUAGCUGAUAUGCAGCGUGUAUGGGCAAUGGGUUCAAUCCAACUUCAACAGGGAAUGCUCCGACUUAUCAGAUGGUCGCCGUCUUUCUCUCCUUCAACCUAUAAGAAUACCUUUGCACAAGUCUGGGUUCGGUUUUGGGACUUGGGUUUUGCUUUCUGGGAUCAUCAAACCCUAUUUGAAAUUGCUUCAGGAGUUGGCACGCCAUUGAAACUAGAUCCCCGUACAAAGAACUGUACUAUUGGUUUGUACGCCAGAAUUCUUGUGGAUGUGGACUUUUCACAACCUCCUCCGGAUAAACUCCGAAUCACUAGGGCUAAUGGUGAAGUGGUAGUCAUUGGUGUUGAAUUCGAAUCUGUGCCGGUGAUUUGCAGUAAAUGUGGAAUUGUUGGCCAUGCUGCUACUUCUUGUCGUGCUAUGGUGAAUGUGGAGGCUGAUCCCAGUGUCCCAAAUGAGCGAGGACGCUCUGUGUUACCAGUGCAUGUGAUAACAGCAAGGCCUGACGAUGCUGCUGUUCCAGAGUCGGCUACAAUGCAGGUGGUAGUACUAGUACCGAAGACAGUGCUCAUCGAUACGCCCAUGACGGUUACAGUCCAACCAUCUGACCAUUGUCCCUUUGCCCGUAUCCCAGAACACAUUGGACUGGAAACUAUGCCGUCUACAGCACCCAUGCAGACACAAACAAAGGUUAGACCAAUGCAGCAAGUGGACGAAGCUCAGGCUUCCUCCUCACUUAGUGUGCCUCCAGGUUUUCAGAAACCUCUGUUGGGAAAAGAACAAGAGAUUAUUCCAUCAGAUAAAGUGAGUUAUGCUGGUGUUAACAGGGUUGACUUGGAGGAAGGAGAGUUCACUCCAGUCGUCUCCAAGAAAAAUAAAAAGAUGCUUAAGCAAGCUGCAACUUUGAAGCCUAAGGCAGCAACACGUAAAAUUCAGUUAGGGUGUGCUCUCUACAAGGGGGAAAAACAAAAGCUUUAUCAAUGA